CCAAUCUUUUUCGUUCUCAUCCAUUUCUCUUCUCUCUCGCCUCUCACUUUCCACCGAUUCACUUCCUCACACUCACUCCGAUUGAACGCACAACGCCGCCUCCUCGUUUAGGGUUUUACUUCCCAACUUCCUUCCUCUCCCGAUCUUCUACGCGACACCGUCCCUCGCUUCGAUUCAUACAAUCCGCUUGCUUCUCCUGUCUUGGCUCGAGAUCCGGGCCAAGCACAGAGGAAUCCGAUUCUGAUUUGCAUUUUGUAGUCACCGGUUUGGCUUGUUUUUGCGCUUUGUGUAAAUGGCUUCGAGUGAGGGGUUUCUGACCGAUGGGCAGAGGGAGUUGCUAAAAAUUGCUAGUCAAAAUGCGGAGAAUCUGUCUUCAUCGCCGAAGUCUCCGUCGUCGUUGCUUGCUGACCAUCAUGUAAAAGCCCCUGCUGGUGGUAAGGCACAAACCGCAGGGAUAGCUGUGCGGCAUGUGCGUCGGUCACACUCGGGAAAGUAUGUACGGGUGAAGAAGGAUGGUGCUGGUGGUAAAGGCACCUGGGGAAAAUUGCUUGAUACAGAUAUUAUUUCUCACAUAGACCGAAAUGAUCCAAAUUAUGACAGCGGUGAGGAACCUUAUCAGCUGGUUGGAUCUACUGUGACUGACCCCUUGGAUGAAUUCAAGAAAGCAGUGGUAUCCAUCAUAGAAGAAUAUUUCAGUAAUGGGGAUGUCGAAUUGGCAGCAUCUGACCUCAGAGAACUUGGCUCAAGUGAAUACUAUCCAUACUUCAUCAAACGCCUUGUGUCCAUGGCAAUGGACAGGCAUGAUAAGGAGAAAGAGAUGGCUUCUGUUCUGCUUUCAGCAUUGUAUGCUGAUGUCAUCAGUCCUGCACAGAUUAGGGACGGGUUUUUUAUGCUUCUUGAAUCUGCUGAUGAUCUUGCUGUGGAUAUACUGGAUGCAGUUGACAUUCUUGCAUUAUUCUUGGCACGUGCUGUUGUUGAUGAUAUUCUUCCUCCAGCUUUUCUUACCAGGGCAAAGAAGGCUCUUCCAGAAUCUUCAAAGGGAGUUCAGGUAAUCCAGACUGCUGAAAAGAGUUAUCUCUCUGCACCACACCAUGCAGAACUUGUGGAAAGGCGAUGGGGUGGUAGCACUCACAUAACUGUUGAGGAAGUGAAGAAGAAGAUAGCUGAUUUACUUAGAGAAUAUGUGGAUAGUGGUGACACAUUGGAAGCCUGUAGGUGUAUACGUGAGUUAGGGGUUUCAUUCUUCCAUCAUGAGGUUGUUAAGAGGGCUCUGAUACUUGCCAUGGAGAUUCGUUCAGCAGAACCUCUAAUGUUGAAGUUAUUAAAAGAAGCAGCAGAAGAAGGGCUUGUUAGUUCCAGCCAGAUGGUGAAAGGGUUUUCUCGUUUGGCAGAAUCCCUAGAUGAUCUUGCUCUUGAUAUUCCAUCAGCCAAAGCCUUGUUUCAGUCAUUUGUCCCCAAGGCAAUAUCUGAAGGAUGGCUUGAUGCUUCACUUACCAAACCUGCAGCUGAAGAUGGGGAAAUCCAAGUUGAAGAUGAGAAAGUGAGGAAGUACAAAAAGGAAGCUGUAACUAUCAUUCAUGAAUAUUUUCUUUCUGAUGACAUUCCUGAACUGAUUCGAAGUCUUGAAGAUCUUGGAGCACCUGAAUACAACCCAAUAUUUUUGAAGAAGCUAAUAACUCUUGCUAUGGACCGAAAGAACAGAGAAAAGGAAAUGGCAUCUGUACUGCUAUCUGCUCUUCAUAUAGAGAUCUUCUCAACGGAGGAUAUAGUUAACGGUUUUGUCAUGCUUCUGGAAAAUGCAGAAGAUACAGCACUGGAUAUAUUGGAUGCUUCAAAAGAGCUUGCUCUGUUUUUAGCUCGAGCUGUUAUUGAUGAUGUAUUGGCCCCGCUGAAUUUGGAAGAAAUUGGCAGCAGGUUACCACCAAAAUGCAGUGGCAGCGAAACCGUGCGCAUGGCUCGAUCACUCAUUGCUGCUCGUCAUGCUGGGGAGAGGCUAUUGAGAUGCUGGGGUGGAGGGACUGGAUGGGCUGUGGAGGAUGCUAAGGACAAGAUCAUGAAGCUGUUGGAGGAGUACGAAAGUGGUGGGGUUGUGAGUGAAGCAUGCCAGUGUAUCCGUGACUUGGGAAUGGCUUUCUUUAACCAUGAGGUAGUGAAGAAAGCUUUGAUUAUGGCCAUGGAGAAAAAGAAUGAUCGGAUGCUAGAUCUACUGCAGGAAUUCUUCAGUGAGGGCCUGAUCACCAUUAAUCAGAUGACUAAAGGUUUCACCCGUAUAAAGGAUGGUCUUGAUGAUCUGGCUCUGGACAUUCCAAACGCAAAGGAGAAAUUUAGCUUCUAUGUGGAGCAUGCUCAGGCCAAGGGCUGGCUUCUACCAUCAUUUGAUUCGCCUGCGGCAGAUGUCUGAGUCUAAUUAUCCCCACCCUGCCAGCAGCUUUUUGAGGACGUUUGUGUCUUAUUGUUUCUCUCUCGUGUGUCCUUUAGCUCCCACUGAAUAGUGCAUAUGGAUAAAUGGAUAAAUCGGGACCCUUGUACUUCUCUCGUCAUCCUUUUUAUUUCAGCACUGACAGAGUUUCAUGUUAUCUCAGCCAUUGUAUAAAGUUGGUCUUAUUCCAUUAACAGCAUUUUAGGAUGAUGUUGGUUGCAUCAACGAGGUAUUUCAGCAUUGAUUUUCGCUUUUCAUUUUUUCAA